UCUCCGCGUUUCCUUCCUCAAGGACAGAGAAAGCGAACCUUCUUCGGCGAUCUCUGAGACUCAAGGCAACAAGCCACAGUGAAGAGGUUCUUCGAAUCGACGACGACCGCUGCUUUUUCCUCUCUUCUUCCUCCAGACAAAAAGGGCGCCACGGAGUCUCCUCGACGCAGCGGCGAGGCUCUUCUCUCCCCUUCAGUUUCGAAGACGCCUCCAGCGAACAGGUGAAAGAAGGCCGUUUCGGCAGGACAGUUUUUAUCAAGGUUUUCUGCACUCGCCUUUUUGCUUCCCUAAAACACAAAACCACACCAAGCUCUCUCCGCGCGGUCUCCUUGUUCGGCGUCGGCCGCCGGCCGGACGUUCGAUUUUUUUCCUCCCUUCUUUGUGCUCUCCAGGCUGCAUGUUCUUCCCGACCGCGGGAAAGUCGCCUCUCUCCGAGUCCAUUUCGCUCCGUUUUUCACCUGGAUCUCUUCUUCUUCUGUGGGGGAGGGGGGCCGCCCUCCUCCCUGCCGUCUCGCCGCGAGUCUCCCUCCUCCUGCGUCAAAACCGCUCUCGCUGGUUCCUGCCCUGGAGACAGAAUCCCCUCAUUCCAACUUCGCGUCCAAGGCCAGCACCACUCUGUCGCCGAGCUCGAGUCGAGAGCUGCCUCGGCGUCUUCUCCUGGCCCUGUCUCCACAGCAAGAACUCCACUGCGUCGUCGUCCUUCGCCAUCUUUUCUUCUCUUCUUCUCUCGUCUUUUUUCCCCGCCUUCUCUUUGCCGCGAUGUGAAGCCCCGCGAAACUCAGAGAUACGGAAGGCAAAAACAGUGCAAGUGCAUGGCCGACUCCGUUCGCCGCGCGGCCUCUCGCUUCUGCGGCUUGAGACGCCUUCCAGAUCUCCUUCUGCGUUCCUGCUCUUCUCCCUUCUCUCCCGCGCUCCAUGGCGUCGCGUAACCGGGUCGGCCUCUGGCGAAGACCCACCGGUCCCCUCCUAAACGAGACUCUUCCUCCUUCCUCUCCUUCUUCUUCUCCUUCUCCUUCUUCUCCUUCUUCUUCUUCUCCUUCUUCUUCUUCUCCUUUGUGGGGUUCUCGGUCUCUGAGUCCAUGGCAGCCUGGUCCAGGAGACAUCGAUGGCGGCUUCGGUCCUCGCGAGCUGGAGUCCUUCGGCGGGGGAACGGAGGGGACCGCGGAGGCUCUCCGCUCAGGUGGACGUACACCCGGGAAGCUUGCCGAGUCCUCCCUUCUCUUUCCAGACUUCUCGCCGCGCGCCCACUUCAAUCUCGACAGAUCGAUCACCUGGUUUCCUGCGCACAUGAACCGCGCCACCGUGGCGAUCGAAAAAAACUUGAAGCAUGUCGACUGCGUUGUGGAGGUCCGCGACGCGCGCGCGCCUCUGACAAGCGGUAACAGCUUUCUGACAGAACGUCUCGCGAGUCGAGGAGUCAAGCGCCUCGUCGUUCUCAACAAAGCAGACCUCGUUCACAAACGAGAUGGACUGCGCGCACAGGCGGUGCUUGAGGAUGCAGGACUUCCGUGUCUCCUGACCUGCGCGCCUGAGCUGAAGCGAGUGUCGAAAGUCGUCGACUUUGCCUUGGAACAUGUACAGCCCAAGUUCAAAACGAUUGGUGUCUGGAUGCUCCUUGUGGGUCUCCCCAACACUGGAAAGUCUUCUCUCCUCAACGCGAUGAAGCGUCUCGCUGUCAACGCCUCCCGAUACGGCAGUCCGAGCAACAAACUCGUUGAAGGUGUUAAGCGAACGCGCGCUCGGGCGGGGAAGGCUCCGGGCCUAACGAAGGACGUCUCGGCUUUCCAGAUUUCAAAUAAACCUCGCCUUUUCUGCUACGACACUCCUGGCAUUAUGCUCCCCAAAAUGAAGGACGCGGAAGUGAAUUUGAAGUUGGCGGCGCUGGGGUGCAUCGACGACCACCGAGCAGGCGAAAUGUACGUUGCGGAUUACAUUCUUUACCAUUUAAACCGCAUGCGCUGUUUCACCUACGUCGACGUGAUUGGCCUCUCCCGCCCGACCAACGACAUCCAGGAGGUCGCUGCUCACAUCUUCGACGCGGCCUACGCACUCAAAACGAACAGGAGGCGGGUCCCUCCGGCUCCCGAUCUUCUAAGCGGUUGUCGGUUUUUCACCGAUCUCUUUCGAGGAGGAAAACUCGGCUUCUUCUGUCUUGACAGCUUGCCGACGCCUCGCUGGGAGACCACCGGAGACGGCGCGAUCGAUUCGAGACAAGAGCCGCCAGGGCCGUGGGGGCCGUGCAGCGCCGGCGCGCCUCUGCUGGGGUUUGUCUGAAGACGUCGUUUUCCUUCAGAGAAAAAAGAAUUUUCUCUCGCGCGACUUCUGGACGCUUGGCGUCGCUUGUCAGGCGCCCUCGCGGUGCUCAACUUUCCUCUUGUCAGACGCAGUUUCCCGGCGCCGCAUCAGACUUUUCGCGAAGUUUUGAACUCUUCACUCGGAAGGACAGUCUCGAGAGGUCAGAAGCCGACUGGGGCCUCCUUCUUUGGACAGGUCCGAGCGUCACGCACUGUUGCUCCGUUGUCGAGUAGUGCCUUCUGCAGUCUCCCUGCGUUCGUCCUUUCUCAAGUCUCUGUUUCCUUUUCUCGCAGUCACCUUUCUUCCCAACUUGUCUUCCUCUCGACGUUUCUCUCUGUCGAUCCGUUCUGCUUACGCGCCGAGGCUCUCAGAUCGCUGCGCUAAAACUCUGCAGCUUUCUGGACCUCCUUCGCUCUGGGCAGCUACGCUUUUCUCCUCUGGCAGCAUUCCUCUCUGGAGGACAGCGCGAACGACCUUCCGCCAGGAGUUGAGACGAAAGGCGCCUUCGGGGAUUCACAGCGCAGCCGCAUGAAACAAGAAAGCACUCACUGGAUUCUCUCUCGGCAAGCCACCUUGAACGCUGCCCUGACAGAGACUAGAGAAACUAGAGUAGAAAUACAAACCAAGGCGAAAAACACAGACUGACUACGAAGGCAGCACGACAAGAAUGCACAGAUGGAGCUUGGGGACGGGGUCAAAAAACAGGCUGCAGAGGACCGACCUUCCUCGGCUUUUUGGAUCGACAAGAAAACAACAAACAUAUCACAACGGCCGCAGCUCUCCCAUGUCACCGCAGACCGCGGAGUUGGUAUGCUUUACUUCUGCAGUUGCUGUUGCCAGAGAGACGAACGCUGAGAUACUGCCAUUUCACAAGUCGUCGCAGCGAUUCAGGUUUGAAGCAGGCGCCUCCGCUCCUACAGCGCGAGUGAAUCUGGAAACCUGAAGCUGCGACUGUGACUCCCUCUCCAUCUUCGACAGCUGCUUUCUAAACAGCUGACAGCAACUCGAGUUCUUUGCUUGACGGGAAGCGACCACUACCUUUCAGAAAUGUGCUUUCAACGCAUUCUUUCCGAAUCCGUACAGUUCGCUUCGCAGUCGUCAAGUCACGUCUUCCCUAAACGUUUCUCCACAGCUCGACGACACUGGUGCCUGCCGUCAAAAGGAACUGAGAGUUGCGGUGUUAGACCAGCAGAUACCACUACUCGAAAGCACUUGUCUCGAAUUCUCGUCUGCUCUCGAGCGAGCUGACAGACAGCUACAGAUCGCUAGAAACCUGGCAAGCUCUCGCGACAGGUGAGCUUUCCCGCGCUGCUGUUCGCAAAGAAGAGUAGGCAGAGGUGCGUCAGCUCGUUUCUCUGCUUUUCCACUUUGGGACUCGGAGUCACCAGUUCGGACAUCUUUGUUUUGUCUGCGACUUCGCUUGGCCGCAGCGUGGGCUUCCCGACAGAGAACAGCCGGUUGACCUGCCCCUGUGUCGAAACGCAUCUUUGUGUCCAGUGCUUGAAGAGCGGCUGCUGCUCCUGAGACUCGCGCGCCGUGGUUUCGCGCAUACAGUCGCUGCCUCUCAGAGCUGUUCGCUUCCAAAACGCAAUUUCACGGUGCUUUGUUUCUUCUUUUUGUUCGGGACCGCCGUCCGCACCCCGUCAGCCUGUUCGCGAGAAACGCCUCGCGCAACCUCGGACUGGCUGCACAUUCGCACUGAGAUCCGACGGCUUUUCCAGCUUUCGUCCUUCACACAAGUCCCUACGGCAGGGUUCACACAUGAAACUUGCGGUUCGAUGCCUCUUCAGUGUUUGACGAAAAAAAGAGUGCCGAGUUUCGAACUCAGGAGCAGCUGGGGCGUUUUUUCUCUCCGUUCGCUCGGUGCAUUGUGUUCACCGCCGCUCGGGUCGCAAGGCUUUUCGAGUGGGAUUGCUUUCUCGUCGUGCUCGUGUGAACAAACGAAAGCAAUCGAUGGAGCGCGGCAGCGAUGCGGCUCCGGAGCCAGUUGCUCUUCGCUCGAUUCUUCGUUUUUCGGGGGGUCUGUCGAUCACAGCAACUUGCUUUGUCGAAGCAUCCCGUCAGACAGUUGCUUCGCGACGCGUCGCGCAAAAGACCCUGUUCUCUCUCAGGACUUCAAGGAGGAGUUCGGAGAAUUCC